GAGGGAGCCCGCCCCCUGAGGGGGAUUCCCCUUGGGGAAAACCCCCACAGUGGCUAAAUAAAACUGUAAACACUAAAUAGAGAGUGUACGUGUGUGUCUUGCUUUACAAUGCCUGUAUCCAAGGGAAUAUUAAAGAUCAGAUUCAACCAGGACCAUGGUUGUUUUAUCUGUGCUAUGGAGAGCGGUGUACAGGUGUACAACGUGGAGCCGCUUGCCGAGAAGGGAAGGAUAGACUUUGAUUUGGUGGGUGGUGUUGGGUGUGCAGAGAUGCUGGGUCGAAGUAACCUCAUCGCUCUCAUUGGAGGGGGGCAAGCUCCAAAGUUCCCAGACAGAAAUGUGAUGAUCUGGGACGAUAAGAAGAGGAAAUUUGUGUAUGAGUUUGGUUUCCCCAGUCGAGUGGUGACCGUGCGAAUGAGGAGAGACAACAUCUUCGUGUUGUUUUCCAGGCUAGUAGUUAUACUGAUGAGUGAGAUUCAUGUCUUCAGUUUCCCUGACAACCCUGAGCAGUUGGCCAGCAUUGCCACAGCCCCAAACCCCAGAGGUCUAUGUGAGGUGUGCUCGAGUGUGGACUGCCAACUAAUGGCCUUUCCAGGCUCUCAGAAAGGAACAGUGCAGAUUGUGGACUUGCUGUCAACCAAGGCUCCGGACAGGGCAGCGACUGAGAUCAUUUGUCAUGUACACCAACACGUGGUCUCCUUCAUCUCAAUGAACCAGUCCGGGACACUAGUAGCAACCUGCUCUACAAAGGGCACUCUGAUAAGAAUACAUAACACACAAACUCGUAACUUGGUCGCCGAGUUCAGGAGAGGAGCUGACUCAGCAAACAUAUACUGCCUCAAUUUCAGCUUGGACUCGGCCUUUCUUUGCUGCUCUAGUGAUAAAGGUACUGUGCACAUAUUCGCUGUCAAAGAGCAGAGCCUCAACAAGAAAUCAAGUUUGGCUCAAGUUAGUCUCCUGGGGAUGACCAUGGGGCCGUACGUAGACUCUCAGUGGGGCCUGGCCCAGUUCAGUUUGCCCAAUGAGUCUCCUUGUGUGUGUGCCUUCAUCGGAGACAAGAAGUCAGUCGUAGCUAUCUGUACCGAUGGCACGCUGCACAAGUAUGGAUUCACUACAGAAGGGAACAGCACACGAGAGUCGUAUGAUGUAUUCUUGAACAUUGGGGAUGAUCAAAUGUAACUUUUUUGUUGUACAAUCCUUAAUUUUGUUGUUUUUGUUCAAUCUUAUGAUCAUUUUUAUACACACGAUAUAGAGAACUAAAACAUACAGUUCUCUACGCUACAGUCAUUAUACAUACACACA